AUGGAGGUGGAACAUGAGGGAGAAUGGAGACCAGGGGGCUAUGACUCUCCCUGGACCCUGAAGGCAGCAGGAGUCUUCUGCAGAGAGCUCGACUGUGGCUCUGCUGUUUCUGUGAGACGGAGAAAGGAGUCCUCAAAGAGACCUGUGUGGUUGAUCGGCUCUGACUGUGUUCAGUCUGGAUCUGCUCUGAGGGAGUGUGCAGCAUCAACUUCCUCUCUCUCCUUCCUGACUCGCACCUACCUGACUCUCACCUCCCUGAAUCUCACCUGCUCAGGCUCUGGAUACCUGACUCUCACCUGCUCAGACUCUGUCAGGCUGCUGGGGGGGACUGGUCUGUGCUCAGGCAGACUGGAGGUGAACUCUGACCAGUCUAACCAGUCUAACCCGUCCUGGUCCUCAGUGUGUGAGGCUGACUUUGACCAGCAGGAUGCUCAGGUGGUCUGCCGGCAGCUGGGCUGUGGGGCUCCUUCAGUCCUCCAGGGGGCGCUCUAUGGAGAAGGGGAGGCUCCAAUGUGGACCAAAGAGUUCCAGUGUGGAGGCCAUGAGUCUGCUCUCCUGGACUGUAGCUCAGCCUCAGAGAGAAACACCUGCUCACCUGGCACAGCUGUUAGCCUCACCUGCUCAGAGCCGGUCAGACUGGUGGGAGGAGAGAGUCGCUGUGCAGGAGACCUGGAGGUGGAACAUCAGGGAGAAUGGAGACCAGUGCACUAUUACUCUCUCUGGAACCUGAAGGAAGCAGGAGUCGCCUGCAGAGAGCUCGACUGUGGCUCUGCUGUUUCUGUGGGACGGAGAGAGGAGUCCUCAGAGAGACCUGCGUGGUGGAUCAGCUCUGACUGUGUUCAGUCUGGAUCUGCUAUGAGGGAGUGUGCAGCAUCAUCUUCCUCUCUCUCCUUCCUUAAUCUCACCUGCUCAGGUAAGCCCAUCAGGGACAUUGUUUAUGACAUCAUGUCCUCUGUCUCUUUGUUAGUCAGUCUCUCUCUCUCUGACAAAGAGACAAUCCCUCUCUGCUACCUGGACUGUCACAGACUGAAAGCUCUUUGUAAUGUCUUCAAAGUGGUGUCUUCAGACUGA